AAGAAGAAAAGGAAGCUAUGAGCGGCAACCGGCGAAGAAGAAUUCUCACUGAGAUGAUUGAACGUCCGUACUUGUAAAAGCACACAUUGUUUUACCCCAGUGGGUUGUUUGGAAAUAAGUGAGGUUUGUCGUUCGGAGAGGUCAUGUCGGGGGUACCUCCAGAUACAUGGCAGCCGCCAACAGUGGCUCUAGAAACGACGAUGGGGACAAUUGUGGUGGAGUUAUACUGGAAACAUGCACCAAAAACCUGCAAGAACUUUGCAGAGCUUGCCAGGAGAAACUACUACAACAAUACAAAGUUUCACCGCAUAAUCAAAGACUUCAUGGUGCAGGGAGGAGACCCUACAGGAACAGGUCGUGGUGGUGCUUCCAUAUAUGGCAAACAAUUUGAGGAUGAACUGAACCUAGAGCUGAAAUUCACAGGUGCCGGUAUUCUUGCGAUGGCCAACGCAGGUGCUGACACAAACGGAAGCCAGUUUUUCCUCACACUGGCCCCAACACAGUGGUUAGAUGCAAAGCACACCAUUUUCGGAAGAGUGUGUCAGGGGAUGGGAGUGCUGAACCGGAUCGGCAUGGUCGAGACCAGUGUCCAGGAUCGGCCAGUAGACGAUAUCAAAAUUGUCAGAACUCUUGUGGCAAAUUAAACAGGAACUGAUCAUUUUUAUACAGAUUUUUUUUCCAAUAAAUAUUUGUUGAUUUUUAA